AGAAACUUUUGGAUGUCAGCAACGUCAAAAACAGGAACAUGAAACAUCUGAAGAUUUUGUAAAAGCGAUACAUAAUUCCAAAUUUAUAUCUAUUUUCGGAACUACAUGUAGAGCCGCAUUCAUAAUUUAUCAGCACUUUCCAGCGUGUCUUACUAAAAUCGAGCAUUUGUAACUCGCCUUUUCGUAACUUGCCUAUGUCAUAAACAGGAUAGCGACACCCUUAACACUAGCCCAUACCGGCCUCUCCGAGCAUCCCCCGAACAAUUUAAUAUUUGAAGUGUCUUAUCGCGCUUCGAUUCCUUGUUUUCUACAACCUACCCAGCUAGAUACUCUACAGAAAUUAUCAUAACGACUUUUACUCAACCUACCAAGGAAGCCAGUCAAACUGUUUUCUCGGGCAGUAAGGAGAACAUUCGGCGCAGGCGCAUCCGGAAUCUCAGUCGCAGCACUUGCUUCCGCUGGAUUUCAGAAGUACUCCGGACAGACGAACCAGAUUCCCAAAGUAGCCGUCAGGAAAAUGCAUAGCAAGGUCGUUGUUAUCGGUUCGGGCCCUGCUGCCCACACAGCCGCCAUCUACCUUGCCCGUGCCGAGCUUAACCCGGUUCUAUACGAGGGGUUCAUGGCAAAUGGCAUUGCCGCCGGUGGCCAGUUGACAACGACUACCGAUAUCGAGAAUUUCCCUGGAUUCCCCAAGGGUAUCAUGGGUAGCGAGAUCAUGGAUGCUAUGAGACAGCAAUCGGAGCGAUUCGGGACCAAGAUCAUCACGGAGACCGUUGCCAAGCUCGACCUUUCCGCGAGACCGUUUAAAUACGAGACAGAAUGGUCGCCUGGUGAGGUACACACCGCAGAUGCCGUCAUUCUUGCCACAGGAGCCUCGGCCAGGCGGUUGGGCCUUUUAGGGGAGGACAAAUACUGGCAAAGUGGUAUCAGCGCCUGCGCUGUAUGCGACGGUGCUGUCCCAAUAUUCCGUAAUAAGCCCUUGGUGGUCAUCGGUGGCGGAGACAGUGCCGCGGAGGAAGCGACUUUCUUGACGAAAUACGGCAGCCACGUGACGGUCUUGGUACGAAAGGAUCAAUUACGCGCCAGCAGCAUUAUGGCACAGCGGCUCUUGAACCACCCCAAGGUUACUGUCCUGUUCAACACCCGAGGUAUCGAAGUUAAGGGUGACGACAAAGUCAUGACCGGUCUGGUUAUCGAAAACACAGUGACCCACAAGCGACAGCUCCUUGAGGCCAGCGGACUCUUCUACGCUGUUGGCCACGACCCCGCCACGAGCUUGGUCAAGGGGCAAUUGGAUAUUGAUUCUGAGGGCUACAUCAUCACGAAGCCUGGAACACCGUUGACCAGUAUUGAGGGUGUGUUUGCUGCCGGUGAUGUGCAGGAUAAGAGGUACAGACAGGCUAUUACUAGCGCAGGUACCGGCUGCAUGGCUGCCAUGGAUGCGGAGAAGUUCCUUGCCGAACACGAGCUAGACCAAAGGGAAGGGGCAGCUGAGGGCAAAUCCGAAUAGCCAUUGAAACUGAUCACAGCAAGAUUGUCAUCGCUGCUAUGAUAUAGAAUUAUGCGUCAGCGUGUUUGUUGGCCUUCCUCUGAUACCUAAGAUAGACAAAUACAAAAUAGACAGACCUAGAGAAGUUACUCAGCUCAAGCCCAAAUGGAUUGAUUGGUUGAUACAUGUAUCCGUAUCAUUGGUGCAAGCAUGAAUCCAUAUGAGAAGC